AUGGCCAACAGAGUCGACGAUGAUGGCCGCCCAAUGCGAACUGGGACUUGGGUGACGGCUAGCGCUCACAUCAUCACAGCGGUGAUUGGGUCAGGGGUUCUGUCCCUGGCUUGGGCAAUCGCCCAGCUGGGUUGGGUGGCCGGUCCGGCCACUCUCAUCAUCUUCUCUCUCAUCACCCUUUUCACCUCCACCCUCCUCGCCGACGCCUACCGCCACCCGGACCCGGUCACCGGCCAGCGAAACUACACCUACAUGGACGCGGUCCGGGCCCAUUUAGGUGGGCUCAAGGUCCGGUUUUGCGGUGUCGCUCAGUACUCGAACCUGGUCGGCGUCACCGUUGGUUACACCAUCACGGCGUCAAUCAGCAUGGAGAUGGUUCGUGGAUCGAAGUGUUUCCACGGGAAGGACAAGUGCCACGCGUCCACCACGCUGGACAUGGUCGUCUUUGGCUGCAUCCAGCUGAUCCUUUGCCAGGUGCCCAACUUCCACAACUUGUCCCGGCUCUCCAUCCUCGCCGCUGUCAUGUCCCUUACCUAUUCGCUCAUUGGCUUGGGUCUCUCCAUAGUCAAAGUUGCUUCAGGAACUAAAUUGAAUGAAGGAGGUGAGACAAGAACGACGUCGGCGACGGUGUCAGAGGCGCAGAGGUUGUGGAGAAUUUUCCAGGCGAUUGGCGACAUCGCCUUUGCGUACGCCUACUCCACUGUACUCAUCGAGAUCCAGGACACCCUGAAAUCGAGCCCGGCCGAGAACAAAACAAUGAAACGGGCGAGUUUAGUAGGCAUCUCAACUACCACAAUUUUCUACUUGCUCUGCGGCUGUGUGGGCUAUGCGGCGUUUGGAGAAGACGCGCCAGGCGAUUUACUCUCAGGGACCGGGUUCAAUCAUCCGGUGUGGCUACUCAACGUAGCCAACGUCUGCGUGGCAAUCCACCUCAUCGGCGCCUACCAAGUGUUUGCGCAGCCGAUUUUCAGCUUCGUGGAGACGAGCUGUCGUCAGAGGUGGCCAGAGGUCAAGUUCGUGUCCACUGACCACCAGAUUACCAUUCCGUUCCUGGGUGGCAUGAGCUUCCACGUCAACUGGUUCAGAGUGGUUUGGAGGUCUGCUUACGUGGCAGUGACGACCGUCUUGGCCAUGGUCCUACCGUUCUUCAACGUUUUUUUGGGCCUUAUCGGGGCAGUCUCUUUUUGGCCAUUGACCGUCUACUUUCCGAUCGAGAUGUACAUCGCCCGAGCGAAGAUUCCAAAGUUCUCCGUCUCCUGGAUGUGCCUGCAGGCCUUGAGCUUCGUCUGUUUGCUGAUUUCACUCAUCGCAGCAGCGGGAUCAGUGGAAGGUCUGGUCCAGUCUCUCAAAACGUACCACCCUUUUAAGAAUGAAGCAUAA